GGGAAGUCGGGUCUUAGGGAAUAUGUCUGCGAUUACAAGGAGUGCAAUAAAGGCUUCACAUCUGCGGGUAAUUUAAAGAAACACAAGACUAGAGUCCACUCAAACGCUAAGCCCUACCACUGCUGUUGGCCCGGAUGUGAGGCUCAAUACAAGACUAAAGACUCACUUCUUAGGCAUCAAUUGAUUCACACAACUCGACCACAAUAUGAGUGCGAGUUUAGCGGUUGUCACAAGAGUUUUAUGUCAUUGACUAAACUCCAGAUCCACAGUCGGAUCCACACAAGGGUCAGAUUCAAAGGUCAAGUCCACAAAAAAGAU